ACCGAUGGUAACAGUAGUAACAGCGAGGGCCAUGAAUAUAUGACGGACAUGAAUGCAGUGUCUCCUAUAUAAUACCUGGUCUACGACCAUAUUCUAUCAUAUACCCUCGGGAGUGUAACUUAUCGCGUUGAAUGAUGCCUGGGGACCAGGCGCGUUGUCGAUAAACAACCACAACUGCGAACAAUCAGAUUAUACAGUGCAUGAAAUGUGAGCUUGACCAAAGUUUCAUGACUCCAGACGAUGCGACUGCGACUGCGAUGCAUCAAUUACGGUGGAGUCUUGCGCGAUUGAUGAUGAGUUGUGCCUCGGUACAGGAUUUGAAAAAAUGCAGGUUUCGAAUUAGUCUAGGUUGUUGGAGUCGAGGUAGACUUUCAUGAUCUGAGGCUCCUUAUAUUUACAUAUGUCCAAGGCACCAAAGCCACCCAUGCUCAUAGAUAGAAGUAGCAGAAUGGUCCCGAAAGAGUAUCCAUCACUUCCCUUAUCGUUGUUGAGUCGGCCGCAUAGCCCAUAUCAAUGACAUCGUCAAGUGAUGUGAGCUCCGACUCUGGCUCAUUGGCCCAUGU